GGGAGCGAGCAGAGAGAGACGCUGAGAGCUCACACUAACAGGGAGUAGAGCAAAGCCCAGCACAGGGCAACUGGGAAGAGUGAUUGAGAGAGGAAACGAGAAAGAAAGAAGACACAACCCUGACAGCAGAUCAAAGAGGAAGCUAUCAGACACCCAGAACUGUGCUGAGAGCACAGUAGUUUUUUUGUGUGCUAAGUUAAUUUCCGUACUAGCUUGCUGUUUUUUAGAUUCGACUCCAUCCAUUACUUAUCUUCAGCAAUGAUGCUUUGGUUCCCUCUGCUUUCCUGGCUCGUGGGACAUGGGGUGUGCGCCAUGUUCACUCAACAGCCCCAGGACCUGGUGGUGGUGGCUGGCCAGCCUGUCACCUUGCCCUGCUCCAUUCCCGGUUACCACGGCAUCGUGCUCUGGGUCAAGGAUGGUCUAGCUCUGGGUGUGAACCGAGAUCUCUCUGGAUACCCUCGGUAUUCCGUGGUGGGGGACCACAGUGAGGGGGAGUAUCAUCUUCGGAUUGGUCGCGUGGAUCUGACGGACGAUGCCCUCUUUGAGUGCCAAGCCAUCCAGGCUGCCAUCAGAUCACGACCCGCCCGCCUGACUGUGCUGGUUCCUCCUGACAACCCUGUCAUCAUCGGGGCCCCGGUAGUGAGUCUGCGGGCAGGCGACCCCCUCAACCUGACCUGUCAUGCUGAUAAUGCUAAGCCAGCAGCUUCAAUCAUCUGGAUCCGUGACGGGGAAGUCCUCAAUGGAGCCACAUAUUCCAAGGUGGGGACCCAGACACUGCUUCGAGAUGGGCGCAGAGAGACCACGGUCAGCACCCUCUACAUCUCUGCCUCCAACAUUGAGACCGGCCAGAAGAUCAUCUGUCGUGCCUCCAACAAGGCCGUGCCCAAUGGCAAAGAGGCCAGCGUGACCAUUGACAUUCAGCACCUGCCUCUGGUCAACCUUACUGUGGAUCCCCAACCCAUCCUGGAGGGUAACCUGGUGAAGUUCCAUUGUUCGGCCAAAGCCAACCCACCCGUCACUCAGUACAGGUGGGCCAAAGGUGGCAACAUUAUCAAGGAGGUGUCAGGUGACACAUAUGAAGCCAUUGUGGACUACACCUUUUUCACCGAGCCAGUGUCGUGUGAAGUCACCAAUCCCUUGGGCAGCACCAAUAUCAGCCGUAAUGUGGAUGUCUACUUUGGGCCCCGCAUGGCAGCAGAACCACAGUCUUUGCAGGUGGAUUUGGGUUCUGAUGCUGUAUUCAACUGUGCCUGGACCGGCAAUCCCUCACUCACCAUUGUAUGGAUGAAACGAGGUUCCGGGGUGGUACUGAGCAAUGAGAACAUCCUGACACUGAAGACAGUGAGACAAGAGGAUGCUGGGAAGUAUGUGUGCCGGGCAGUGGUCCCCCGGGUGGGGGCAGGGGAGAAGGAAGUAACCCUCACUGUAAAUGGUCCUCCCACCAUCUCCAGCACUCAGACGCAGCAGGCUCUGCAUGGCGAGAAGGGCCAGAUAAAGUGCUUCAUCCGCAGCACGCCUCCGCCGGACCGCAUAGCAUGGUCCUGGAAGGAGACGGUGCUGGAGUCUGGAACAUCCGGGCGGUACACUGUGGAGACAGUCAGCACGGAGGAGGGUGUCAUCUCCACCUUGACCAUGAGCAACAUCGUCCCUGCCGACUUCCAGACCAUCUACAACUGCACCGCCUGGAACAGCUUCGGCUCCGACACGGAGAUCAUCCGCCUCAAGGAGCAAGGUGGGAGCCAAGAGUCCCUCCAUUUGGCUGUCAUCAUUGGGGUGGCUGUGGGAGCCUUUGUGGCCUUCAUUGUCCUCAUGGGGACCAUUGGAGCUUUCUGCUGUACUCGUCUUCAGAGAAAAGACGCGCACCUGGUUAUGUCCUCACUGCCUGUCUCCAUCUCUGCUCACCAGACAGACCUUUCAAGCAAAAUUAAGGCAGAAAAUCUCAAAGGGGUUGUAUCCGCCAAGAACGACAUCCAAGUGGAAAUCGUUCACAAGGAUCACAACGCAGCCCGGGAGACAGAGGAGCAUGCCACCAUCAAGCAGCUGAUGAUUGAGCGGGGUGAAUUCCAGCAGGAAUCUGUGCUGAAACAGCUGGAGGUGCUGCAGGAGGAGGAGAAGCACAUUAAGGACCCGACCAAUGGUUACUACAGUGUAAACACAUUCAAGGAGCAUCAUUCCACCCCUACCAUGUCUAUGGCAGGCAACCAGACGAACGAGAUCCGCAAUCCCACCACUGGCACCAUGGGCAAGCAAAGGGUACCCACAGGAAUGUCCUUCACCAACAUCUACUCCACACUGGGCGCCGGCCCCAACCGCCUGUACGACUACAGCCAGCGCUUUGUGCUGGGCAUGGGCAGCAGCUCCAUCGAGCUCUGCGAGCGCGAGUUCCAGCGCGGCUCCCUCAGCGACUCCAGCUCCUUCCUGGACACGCAGUGCGACAGCAGCGUCAGCAGCUACAGCAAGCAGGACGGCUACGUGCAGUUCGACAAGGCCAGCAAGGCCUCUGCGUCCUCCUCCUCCCACUACUCCCAGUCCUCCUCCCAGAACUCUGACCUCACGCGUCCCCUGCAGAAGCGCAUGCAGACCCACGUGUGAGACGCGGAGGUGCUGGAAGAGGGGUAGAGCAGCCCGACGUGGAAGAAUUCCCAAACAGUGGUCACCAGGAAUCUUUGCAACACACUCUCUGUACUUGUGUGUGUUUGCGGGGAGGUAAUUGAUUUGCCGGGUUGUCUUUUCUUUGUUUUUUUGAGAUUUUUCACAGACCUAUCCAAGAUAAUGCAGGAGUGUUUAAAAUGUCCAUGCUCCAUUUGGACUCUACGUUCUUGAAUUCCCCUGUGGGUACAUCACAAUCACUACCCAUCUGACAUAGGCCAUGAAAUGUCCUGCAGUAAGAAACUUAUACUUGUGCUUGCCAUCAAAGAUCCGGUU